AGGGAGGAGAGAGUAAAGCGUAAAUAGGUGCACAUCGUCACCAUCAUCAUCGUCGGCAGCGGAGCAUCUUCCUCUUCCUCAUCCACAUCUCCACCGCCAAGGAGUGACAUUCUCUCUCCCGGAUAGCAGCAUUAGAGUCCUCAAGCCCCUCUCGUCCAUCCACCAGCUCCCGGCGCGCACUUUCUUUCUUUCCCCCCCUCCUCUCCGCCUCUCUCCCGACUGGGUUUAUUCUUAGCUCGGCUGUAGGAGACUCUUGUCCCCCUAGACCCACCAACCCACGGCACCCUUCCGUCGGCGUGCGUCCUCCCGGCCCUUGGGCUUAUUUUUCCCACUUUGUUGAAUAUUUCAUGGGGAAAAUGGCGAUCGGAGCCCCGUCGUACGGCGCGCUGUGCCUCCUGUGCAUCCAAACUGCACUUCUCUUGUGCGUGUCCACGCCGACCGCCGGGACGCACCACUUCCCGCAGCACUACACAAUGAUUCACUGGGCUGCACGCAUCGAGAAGGAGCUGGAAAAAGUUCUGCAGCACGUCACCGGGACUCAACAAUUGAGAUCGAUUUACAAUGAGAAAAGGAGCCAGUUUGAAAUCAAGAGGAACAACCCCAAGGACCUCGUGGAGAGAGUGGCGCGAGACAUUGCCAGGCUGCUCAACAGUAAGAGGAAAGCCCUGGAGAAACUUGCCAAUGAAGCAGAGCAGCUUCAGAAGGAUCACGAGUGGCAAGAUGGAGUGACGGAGAAUGCCAUUUCAUACUACGAUUCCAAAGCGGAUUCAGACUUGACGGAGGACGGAGAAGAGGAAAAUCCACUGGAAAGCUCGUCCUCUCUGGAGCUGGAGUUCGUGGACGAUCCUAAUUUCAAAAACAAGGUCAACUACUCAUCCAGCGCCGUGCAGAUUCCAACCGACAUCUACAAAGGCUCUCCGGUCAUCCUGAACGAGUUGAACUGGACGCAGGCGCUGGAGCGGGUCUUCAUUGAGAAUCGCAGAGAUGACAGCUCCCUCCGCUGGCAGGUGUUCGGCAGCGCCACGGGCGUGACACGCUACUACCCAGCCACUCCAUGGAGAGCUCCCAACAAGAUUGACCUCUACGACGUCCGCCGCAGGCCGUGGUACAUUCAAGGUGCAUCCUCUCCAAAGGACAUGGUCAUCAUCGUGGAUGUGAGUGGUAGUGUUAGUGGACUCACGCUCAAGCUGAUGAAGACCUCAGUCAUCAAGAUGCUGGACACCCUCUCAGACGACGACUAUGUGAACGUAGCCCGAUUUAAUGAUGAAGCCGAUGCUGUGGUGCCCUGCUUCAGGACUUUGGUCCAAGCCAACGUGCGCAACAAGAAAAUCUUCAAAGAGGCAGUCAUGCACAUGCAAGCCAAAGGAACCACAGACUAUAAAUCCGGUUUCACGUUUGCCUUUGAGCAGCUUCUCAAUGAGAGCAGUGCUCCAAGGGCCAACUGCAACAAGAUGAUCAUGAUGUUUACAGACGGAGGGGAGGAUCGGGCGCAGGAAAUCUUCGAGAAGUACAACUGGCCCAACAAAACGGUGCGUGUGUUCACCUUCUCGGUGGGUCAGCAUAAUUAUGACGUCACCCCGCUGCAGUGGAUCGCUUGUGCCAACAAAGGUUACUACUUUGAAAUCCCAUCGAUCGGAGCCAUCCGAAUCAACACCCAGGAGUACCUGGAUGUCCUGGGACGACCCAUGGUGCUGGCCGGGUCCAAAGCCAAACAGGUGCAGUGGACCAACGUCUACCAGGAUGCUUUGGGUUUGGGCCUGGUCAUCACGGGGACCAUGCCGGUCUUCAACCUCACUGCUGACAGAACGAGCUCACAGAACCAGCUCAUCCUUGGAGUCAUGGGCGUGGACAUCGCAAUCAACGAGAUAAAAAAGAAGACACCCACAUAUCGACUCGGCGCCAACGGUUACACCUUUGCGACCGAUCCAAACGGUUAUGUGUUGCUACACCCCAACCUGCGACCGAAGAUCAUCAACUUCAGGGAGCCUGUCACGCUGGACUUCCUCGACGCGGAACUGGAAGACAGCAACAAGGAGGAGAUCCGGAGACAAAUGAUUGAUGGCAAAUCUGGGCAGAGGAAAAUCAAGACGCUCAUUAAGUCGGUUGAUGAGAGGUACAUCGACGAGGCCAUACGAACGUACACUUGGACGCCGGUGGAGGGCACAGACUACAGUUUAGGGUUGGUACUGCCCACAUAUAGCGAGAGCCACAUCAAAGCCAACCUUAGCGACCAGAUCCUGCAGGUGCAGUUGUCAUACACCCAGGAUUUUGAGUCACUGCUGCCAAACAGUUUUGAGUCUGAAGGACAUAUAUUCAUUGCACCCAGGGAAUAUUGCAAUGACCUGGAGUUGUCAAGCAACAACACGGAAUUUCUGCUCAACUUCAUCGCCCUCAUGGAGAAAGUGACGCCUGACUCCAAGCAAUGCGACAAUUUGCUCCUUCACAACCUGAUCCUGGACACGGGCAUCAUCAGGCAGCUGGUGGACAAAGUGUGGAAGAACAAAGACUUAAAUACGUACGGUUUUCUGGCUGUAUUUGCUGCCACAGAUGGAGGAAUCACACGGGUGUUUCCCAACAAGGCUGCGGAAAGCUGGGAGGAAGACCCCGAGCCGUUUAACGCCAGCUAUUACCGCCGCAGUCUCGACAACAGGGGUUACAUCUUCAGAGCGCCUUAUCGUACAGCCAGAGACGAGCUGCUCAACCCGGAGAAUGACACCAUCGGGAUCCUGGUCAGCACGGCGGUGGACAUCACAGUCGGAGGGAAGACUAUCAAACCAGCAGUCGUCGGAGUGAAACUGGAUCUUGAAGCCUGGGUGGAUAAGUUCAAGAUUCUUGCCAGUAACCACACAGACAACCGCCUUGGCCCGAACACGUGUGGACCAAACCGAGUCUGUGAGAUGGACUGUGAAGCCAACAAUGAUGACCUCCUAUGUUACUUGGUAGACGACGGUGGCUUCCUUAUCAUGUCUAACCAGAAGGAUGACUGGAACAAGGUGGGCAUGUUCUUCAGCGACGUGGACCCCUCCCUGAUGUACGCGCUCUACAACAACUCCUUCUACUACCGCAAGCAGUCGUUCGACUACCAGUCGGUGUGCGAACGCAUGCCCAACAGUGAGGCCGGAGCGGCACGGAGAGGAGUCUUUGUGCCCACGAUUCCAGAUUUCGUUAACCUGGCUUGGUGGACAUCAGCAGCUGCAUGGUCAUUGUUCCAGCAAUUCAUGUAUGGGCUGGCUUAUCACAGCUGGUUUGUCACAGACGAGGUGGAUGCCGAGGGGCUGGACUCCAAGGAUAGAAGCUGUGUCAUGAUCCAGACUCAGUACUACCUGAGCAACCUAAGCAGCUCCUUCAACAUGCUGCAGGACUGUGGCAACUGUUCCAGGCUGAUCCACGCCAAGAGGAUAAACAACACCAACCUGUUGUUCGUGGUGGCUGAGAAGAUGCCCUGCAACACCUGCGAGAUCGAAAAGCUGUCCCAGGAGGAGGAGGAGUUCAUGGAGGAGAACCCGUGUGAGGAAAUGACAGUGGCACGCUAUAGAAAAGGACCCUCCACCUGUUUUGACAACAACAACGCGGAGAACACGUCGGACUGCGGACGGGGCCACUCCUUACGUCCGUCCCGUGUGGCUUUGCUGCUCAUUCAGCUGCUCGUGCUUUACCCUGUCGUCAGCCCUCACGCUCACUCACUACUACAAUAAUCGAAUCUGUCAUACACACACACGCGCACACGCACACACACACCCAUGCGCGCACACACACUUUGGCUGUCCUGUGCUUCUCAUAUGUGCACCUGAUGCCCCCAGGCCCCCACACCACCACCACCACCUUAAGUAGUCUUAUAGGCAAUGAUGGAAGCCCUGAGUGCCGCUAUUUAGCCAGCUUCACUUCUGUGUCCUCAGCCAAGGUUACUCACACAAGGAGAGACCCCCACGCCCACCAAUACACCCAAAAAGAACUCUCAAGUAGAAGACAUGUCACUCGUGUCAAGAGAAUUCCAAACUUUUUAUUUUCAUUUUUGUUCACCCAAAAAAAAAAAAAAAAGGGACAAAGUUUAAUUGUUUAACUUAUGCACUACUAUAUCUACUUGCCAAAAUGAGAUAGACUUUCAUGUGGUCUUAUUUUUCUAGCCAAAAACACAGCAGAAAUGGCUUAACGAGAGGGAUUAAAAAAAAAAAAAUGACAUGCCUGUAUUCGCUACACAAAGGCUCACGCUCUAAUAACACAGCUGUGACAUUUCAAUUAUUAUUAGCAAGCGAUGUGUGUAGUGUUAUUUAUUACCAAAAAAAAAAAAAAAAAAAAA